AUGGACAUCCGAAACUGUGAAGAACAGUUAGAAGUUGAGGCAAUGCUAGGACCUUAUGAGGAAGUAGCAAAGAAACCCUCGCGGCUUUCCCAGGUCCACAGCUCCCGCCCCUUUGAGACUCUGGGCGGAUCUAGGAUAGAUCAGUUAUCCGCUGGGCGGGGCCAGCACUCAGAGGGACAGGAAUUUCCUUCUUCCUUUCCUACUUCCCCCUCAACCAAGAGUUGGGAGAGUGGGAAGAAGGCGCCAAGUGCACGCUGCUGGCGGUUGCAGCCCCCCAGAGGCCUGAGAUCCGACCACAGGACGGCCCUGCCUGGACCACGGACCUGGUCGGCCUGCCUGUUGAGGCGAGGUUGUGGAUGUCCCCGGACCCUAGUGGUCCCUGCUUCGGAUGAUGUAGGGCAGAUCCAUCUGAAUGCACUUCACCACGGAGGCCAAGGUUUUGGAAGGAAGCCCUUCUCCUCUCCCAUCUCAAUAUUAGACCAUGGGACCAUGGGCCACGGGGCUCAGGCCGCCAACCCUGGAGCCCUGACCAGUGAACACAGCUGCCUGUCCUUUACCCUUGUGUCCAUCCAGGAGCGGCCUUCUGCCAGGGACCUGGUCGGCCUGCCUGUUGAGGGGAGGUUGUGGAUGUCCCCGGACCCUAGUGCUCCCUGCUUCGGAUGA